GGCCUAAAAGGAGUGAGUCGGCCCACCAACCAACCAUAGAGAGAGAUGCCCUAACCUAAAUAAUUGUUUGUGAUCAAAGAGGGAAGGAAGAAGGGAAGAGAAUCAUCAUCAUCAAAUUGAAAAAGUGAUGGCUUCUGUGGACACGGAUGUGACGAUGGUUCCGGCAGGGGAGGGUUCAGGGCCUUCUUCUUCGACGGCUUCCACCUCUUCUUCCGCCAAGAAACCACCUAAGCGUUUUGAAAUCAAAAAGUGGAACGCUGUUGCUCUUUGGGCCUGGGAUAUUGUCGUCGACAACUGCGCAAUCUGUAGGAACCACAUCAUGGAUCUUUGCAUUGAAUGUCAGGCUAAUCAAGCCAGUGCUACCAGUGAGGAAUGCACAGUUGCUUGGGGGGUGUGCAACCAUGCGUUUCACUUUCAUUGUAUUAGCAGAUGGCUGAAAACUCGUCAAGUGUGUCCACUAGAUAACAGUGAAUGGGAAUUCCAGAAGUAUGGCCACUAGAAACUUUCUGCAUUUUAUUCUCCUAUGACUAUUUAAAUAUUUUGUAUGGCCAUGUAAUAUGAAGUUUAAUAUUAUUCUGCAUUUUAGGACGUGAGUAAUGUUCAAAAUAUAUAUUGUUAUUAUAAUAUAUGCUUGUUUUGGAUGGGUGUUA